AUGGUCUACAGGGGGCCCUCAAAAGACUGUUUGCCGUGCCGAAGGCGGAAACUCAAGUGCGACCUCCGCAAGGACGGGUGCGGCCAGUGUCUCCGGGCCGGCAUCUCGUGCUUCGGCUACCGGGACUCAAACGACCUCGUCUUCCGCGACCAGACGCGCAGUGUUGAGCGCAAGAUGCUGGCUGCCAAGGCAACGACGGUGUCUCUGCAGUUUGGCACCCUGGACCAUCCGUGGCAUUACUGUGCUCGUCAUGAUGCUCGCCACUCCUUUUUUGAGCACUAUGUGUUUGGCCUGUCCAGCAGCUUCGACAUCUUGCCUUUAUUGUACGAAAAGGCGAAGCCGGACGAUCACUUAUCGGCCAGUGUGGACGCGGCCAGUCUCGCUUAUGCAGCAAAUCGAUAUCAUGACGCAUCCCAAGUGCUCUUCCGACUGGCGGCUCAACAAUAUACCAUUGCUCUACGGCGCAUCAACGCGGCUCUUUCAGAGCCGGAACUUGCCAGUGCCGACUCUACACUGCAGUCAAUUCUGCUUCUCGAUCUCUAUGAGAAGAUUGUUGGCCGCGACCUCAAGGCCGCGACGCCUUGGCUGGCGCAUCUCAACGGCGCCCUAGCGCUCAUCAAAGCUCGCGGGUACAAUGACAUGACGAGGAGUCGAGUGAGCAGAACACUUGCAAACAAGCUCUUCACAACUCUCCUGAUAAGUUGUCUCAUUCUGGGUCAUCGAAUACCAGAAGGAGUUGUCGAACUUGGUCGCAGACUCGAAAUGUUCCACGCCAAGGACGAUCUCAAGUGGCAGAUCUCCAAGAUGAAUCAGCAAACGAUCAACUUCCGGGUUGACAUUGCCGAAGGAAAGCUGUCCAAACGUCAGAUCGUCGCCGGGGCUAACCGCCUGCAUGAUGCCUACCGCGAGAUUGAGGAGGCAUCGUCCCCAAGAUGGCAGUCAAGGCGGGUCAUGGCCUCGGAAGUGGACCUAGCCCAUCGGUCUCUCAUAUUUGGGGGGGAAUACUUGGAUCUUUACAAGGAUCAUUAUACAACGCAGGUCCGUAACACUAUACGGAUUAUGCACCUACAGCUCCAGUCCUACAUCCAGGAGAACUUGGAAGACGACGGUUCAGACGAAUACGCCCGCGCUCGUGAAGAAUCACUGAGCCGCACGGAGCACUUCGCAGAGCAAGUCAUUGCCUCGGUGCCCCAGUUCAUCAUACCCGGCAUUCACCCCAACAACAGCAUCCCAUUUUCCAGCGUUCAGACACUGAAAUGCGGUAUCCUUCUCCCGGCGUUGUUUACAGCCGCGGGCGCGUCAAUAAACCCGGAUCUCCGCCUCUGGACGAUUCGCACACUGAGAUACAUGGCGGCAUGGGGGAAUAUGAAAUCGGCUCGAAUGACGGCCGACAUGUUGGAGGAGCACCCCGAGCUGGACUUUCAGUCUAUGUACGCGAAGCUGGGCGGUUACGCGUUCACGUCUUGA